AUGGUGGCGGGCGCCAGUUCUGAAAGCGUGCUGCUGGCGGUUUCCGCGCUCUGUCCAGCGGGCUCAAAAAUUGCUGUCGAGCAGCCGACGUCAUCUCGCCUGUUACGCAUCUUGUCGUUACUGAAAGUAGAAGCGGUUGGCGUGCCCUGGGAUCAGCAAGGACCCGAUUUACAGGCGCUCAAAGCUGCGUUGGAUCAGCAGGUUGCCGCAUUUAUCUAUCAACCGCGCACCCAUUUACCCCUGGGGCGCACCGUUUCUGCCGAUCGUGUGCAUGCCAUGUCGCAGUUGCUCCGUAAUUACCCUGAAAUCACCGUGAUUGAAGACGACCCGCUUGGGCCGCUGGCCGAUGUUAAUCCAGUAAGCAUCGGCAAAUGGAUUCCUCAGCAAACCACGCUGGUGCGUUCUUACUGCAAAGCCUUUGGGCUGGAUUUACGCAGCAGUAUCAUUGGCGGCAGCGCCAAACAUAUCGCGGCAAUUCGUAUCAAACGCUCGGAAGGGAUUGGUAUUAUCAGCCGCAUUUUGCAGGGCGCGUUGCACUUUUUACUCACCGAUGUGGCGUCGCAAAACCGGAUGCAAGAGGUGCGCGAACGCUAUGCGCAGGGCCGCAGCGCUUUACAGCAGGAGCUGAUUAAGAAGGGCGUAGCGUUCAACGCCGAUCAAAACGGUUUGCUGCUUUGGCUCCCGGUGGAUAAUGAAGCGCGCGUGGUUUCAGCGCUAGCAGCAAAAAACAUUCUGGUGUCAGAAGGCAGCCGUCAUUUCAUUCAGGCUGACCAACCGCAUAUCGCAGUGAAUAUUGCGGUAUUACCCUCAGAAGAGGCGCAGAUCGAGUUUAUUGCAGAAAAUAUCGCAAUGGUAUUGUUGAAUAAACGCAAUGAUAUGUUUGAUUGA